AAGGACGCCCGAUAUUUCAAAGACAAGUUCUUCAAUGCGAGCAAGAAGCAUCUAUCCGAAAACAAGAUUGACUCAUAUAACGCAUGGCUGCACUUUAAAUGCAGAGACGUGAACCAGCGUGAGUAUUCACCAUCAUAUGAGUACCUUGCGGAGUACCAUGCACUAAGCGACGAGGAAAAAACUAAGUGCGUCUACGACUAUGAGCUGGUGCACGAAUUCAAGAAGCACGUCAGGCGUACCACCUCGCGGGGAAAGAUUCAAGAUUUCUCCCAUACCGCUGCAAUUUUGGAAGAAAUCAUCCUUGAUCUUGACAACCGCAUUGGAGUGAAGGGUUUCUUCUGCCUUGUGCGUAGCACCACAGAUUUUGCAACCGAGCCGCAGUGGUGGUUUAGCUCUGCUGAUCUCGAACGCUUCUUGUCCGUCGGCUGGCGUAAACGGUGGGACAGUAAGCAGAUUGGGACGAUGGUUGAGGCGUUCGCAAUUGCUGGCGGUUCUUUACUGACUCUCGUGCGUCCAGCCGAUAUUACCGGAAACACUUCAGCAGGCAUGGAGUACGUCAACUAUGAGACACAGAUUAUUCAGCGCUAUGGAGUUGUGCUCGUCGGCUGGCCCAAGGACCUUCCGUUCGUCAAUCCCAAUGACCUGACCAACAAUCUUACCACUCUUGAGCUGCUGCUUCAAGCUUUGAACAACGGCACUUGCCACUUCAUCCGUCCCACUGAUGCCGAGCUCUCUCAGAGGAAAGCAGCCUGGCUUGCCGGUGUAGCCAAUGGCACUGUUGAAGCCCCCAAGCAGAGGAAGAAGCGCAGCGAUGCCGGUAAACCGCGGGGUUCGCACAACACUGCCACUGGCAAGCAGAAGGCUCCCGAGUCAGUUGCGCCUGGUUCUGGGUCUUCAGAUGGUGAGGAGUCUGAAUCGAGCUCGGAGAAUGAGACGGAGGGUGUUGCUAGAGCGCAGAAGCGCAAGCGUGCGUAG